AUGCCAGUCGAUUUCCCCACUUUUUUGACACAGCUAAACGACGCCCUCGUUGCUGAGAAUGGACUCAAUCUUGCUUACCUCCUUCGGCCAACAAGCCCACACGGAAAAGACCUCGUCAAGCAGUUCAGGAAUCCUACACGUGCAGCAUUCAGUCAUUAUCAAGGAAGCAUACAGAGCCCAUGGGAUGAUAUUGCCAUCCAAUAUGUGAUGGCCUGCUCGCAUGUAGCCAGACGUAGACCGAUGGAAGCAUUCAAGGAGCAUGCACAACUUGUCUCCCUAUUCUUUCGUUUCUUCACCGAAAAUCGAGGUUGGACACUACCGGCUCUGUUCUCUAUAUUGCGGGACCUACGCGAUCUGGCAUUUGAUGUACGCGCCUUUUUCCUCUAUCUUCAGGCCGACUCUUUUGCAAAAUAUAACAACCUGAAGAGCGAAUCGAUGGAAGAGGCUGCGAGAAUCAUUGUGAAGGCCUUUGGAAACUGUAUGACUGACAGGACGUCACCACUCAACGAAUCCCGCAAAUGGGGCGUGUAUUAUGUUGUUGGCCUCAUACUUAAGUGUUACUUUCGGGUUAAACGAAUAUCCUUGUCCAAAAGUAUCUUGCGGGCUCUCGAAGCAAACUCUGACAUUCCUCCACUGCAUAUGUAUCCCCGGUCGCAUCAAGUCACCUAUCGAUAUUACAUUGGAAUGCUGAGUUUUUUGAACGAAGACUAUGCAAAGUCCGAGGAAGAACUGACCCUUGCUUUCUACCAAUGCCACACUGGGGCCCAGAGUAACCAAGAGCGCAUCUUAACUUAUCUCCUCCCGCUGCGUAUCUUGAAAGGUUACCUUCCGUCACAGGAAUUAAUGGAUCGGUUUCCUACACUCAAGGAACUCUAUCACCCGUUUAUAACUGCUAUCCGUACCGGUGAUAUAUCAAGCUACGAUAGGGCACUCGACCAUCAAGAAAAGACACUUUUGGAUCUGAACUUGUGGAUAACACUCGAAAAGGCCAGAGAACUAUGUUUGCGGGGCUUAUUUAGAAGAGUAUGGGUUGCUUCUCAAAAAGGAUCACGGAUCCCUAUAUCCAUGUUCCACUCCUCGCUCAAGAUCUCAGGUAUCGACGUCGACGAAGACGAGGCAGAAUGCCUAGUUGCAAACAUGAUCUACAAGGGCUUCAUGAGAGGGUACAUAAGCCACGAAAAGCGAAUGGUCGUACUCUCCAAUACCAACGCGUUUCCGAAGCUGGUGGAACGAUCCAAUCCUUAUGGCUCGAUAUAG